AUGGUGCAGCUAUACAACCUGCAUCCGUUUGGCUCGCAGCAGGUGGUGCGGUGCCAGCAGGAGCCCGAGCGCGUGUGCUGCGGCGGGCAGGAUGCGCUCUUCGUGGCGGCGGGCUGCAAGGUGGAGGCAUUCUCAGUGGAGGCGCGGGCUCCUGAGCCGUGCCGGCCCCGCUGCUGCUUUUCCACUCUGGGCCGGGUGCUGCACCUGAGCUACAGCGAGCCCGGAGACUACUUAGUGACCAUUGAGGAGAAGAACAAAGCCGUCUUCCUUCGGGCCUACGUGAACUGGAGAAGCAGGACCUCUGAAAACUCUCGUGUGUGCAUUCGCAUGGUGGGUCACCGAGUGGAGGGCUGCUUCAGGGAGGCCUCCAAAGACCAGAUGUCCAUCAUCGAGAUACCUCUGGCCGAGCCGCCGCUGUGCAUCUCCUGUUGUCCCGUGAAAGGGGAUCUUCUCGUUGGCUGCCUCAAUAAACUGGUCCUGUUUAGUUUAAAAUGGCGGGCGGUAAACGAAGAGUUCUCCAUGUUGGACUUUGAACGCUCUUUAAUCCUACAUAUAGAGAACAUCCUCCCCGUAGAAAUUUCAUUUUGUGCUGGAUAUGUCGCGGUCAUGACAGAUCUUGAAGUCUUAAUCCUACGACUGGGGUCCGAAGGGAAUAUUGACCCCUCGUCACCGAUGAAGAACGGUGAUGCUCAUUCUGUGCCAGCCACCCAGCUCGAGUCGGAGGAUUUUGUUAUCUGUCAGAAGCCCACAGAGCUCCUUGGCGAGGUGUGCAGACAGUCUGGCCCCUCGGUUACCUUGGAGUCUACAGGGUUAAGUGAUGACAAAGCAAGUGCUUCCUGCGUGCAGCCCAUCCUGUACAGGUGCUUCACUCCUGAUGUGUCUUCCUAUGUUUUCCCUGAUGACACCAAAUUGCAUUCACUCCAGUUGCUACCUAUUUUCCAAAUGGCAGGUUCUGUUACUGCCGAUGGAAAGAGUUCCUCUCAGGAAAAAGAGUUGCUAAGCCUUUUCUGUUUUUUCUCCUUACCUCAUAUUGGGUAUCUCUAUAUGGCUGCUAAAUCGGUAGAAUUAAUGUCAGUCUACCAAUAUCCAGAGAAGUCUCAGCAGGCAGUCCUUACCCCACAAUUCCUGCAUGUCAUCACAAGUAACAACUUACAGUGUUUCACAGUCCGGUGCAGUGCAGCAGCUGCAAGGGAUGCUGACCCCUAUGUGGAUACCACCCUCAAGGCUUGUCCACCUGUUAGUUUGGAUAUCUGUGCCUUAAGAAUGCAGCUUUUCAUAGGACUGAAAGCAAUAUGUCACUUUAAAAAUCAUAUCAUCCUGUUGACUAAAGCAGGUUCUGAAGAUACCCCAGAUAGAAGAAGGUCAUCCAAAAGGCUGCUCUCCAGAAAAGAUGGCAGCGUUCAACUCAAGACGUCUGCUGCAGCGGAAGCUGGGUGGAAUUUAUAUAUCGUGGAUACGAUUUCAACAGUGCAACUCUACAAAGAAAUGGUAGACUACAGUAAGACCUACAAGAACGUGAGAACUCAGAGCUGCAUCCAUCUCCUCAGUGAGGCCCACCUAUUAGUGAGAGCCGCUCUGAUGGACCCCUGCCUCACUGAACCCGGAGAGAAAGAGGAACUCUUAGAAGCUUUCAGAGAAAGCUGUGGGCACCUUGGAGACUGUUAUAGCAGACUUGACACUCAGUAUUCUCAUCUGGCCUUGCCUUAUUAUAAGAUGUCUGGGUUAUCUAUGACUGAUGUUUUGACCAGAAUAGACUCAGUUAUAGAGGAUGGAUCACAGAACCCCGAGAGAGGUUUACUCUUCUACAUAAAUCAUUCCCUUUAUGAGAAUGUGGAUGAAGAAUUAAGUGAAGAAUUAGCAACAAAAGUGAUCCAGAUAUUCAGUAUUGCAGAGCCCAAACAGCUGCCCCAUGCUCUCUGCAGCCCUUGCAUGAAGAAUGUGGAUCCUUUAAUUGCCAUGAAGUAUUUAAAAAAGCUAAAUCCAUCUGGAGUAUCCUCUGUCUUAGUGGCCUUGACCAAGGCAGCAAUGGCUCUGAAAAUAGGAGAUCUGGACAUGUACAAGAAAGAGAUGAAAUGCCAUCCGGAGAUGAAGUUGGUGUAUGGCUUUAUUCUAGAGCCCCGACUGUUGGUCCAACAGAGAAAGGGGCAGGUUGUGCCAACGGAGCUUGCUGCUCACCUCAAGGAGACUCAGCCCGAUUUGCUUGUGGCCUCUGUCUUGGGCUUGCAGAAAAACAACAAAAUUGAAGUGGAAGAAGCAGAUGCCUUCUUCAAGGUGCUUUGUGGCAAAGAUGAAGAUGUUAUUCCUCAGCUCUUGGUCGACUUCUGGGAAGCCCAGCUGGUUGCAUCCCUCCCCGAGAUAGUACUCCAGAAUCUUUUCUUCAAGCUUUUAUCUCAGUAUAUCUGGAGACUCUCCCAGAGGCAGCCCCCGGACACCAAACCAUUGAGAAACCCAGAAGACCUGAUAAACUCCUGUAGUCAUUAUGGCUUAAUUUACCCCUGGGUUACCUUCUUAACAUCACCAGACUCUUUACAUGAUCAAAAUUAUGCAGAAGACCUUUCUAAAUUACAGUCUCUGAUAUGUGGUCCUUCAUUUGACGUAGCUUCCAUUUUGCCUUUCUUGGAACCACUGUCGGAGGACACGAGUGCCGGCCUCAGUAUUCAUCUCCUCUGUCUCACACGCCUGAAAGAGCAUGAGCGGGCCAUAGACUCGCUGCUGGACAAAUGCCCUGAGGCGAUCAUCCCCUAUGCUCAUCAUGAACUGAAGGAGGAAGGCCAUCGGGCUUUAUGGUGGAAAAAAUUGCUUCCUGACCUUUGCCAACGAUUAAGAGAGGGUGGGGAGAAAUACGACGUGCACCUCUCAUCUCUGAAGGAAACAUUAGCUGUUGCCGCUGCGGAGCUAGAAUUAAGAGAUUUCUUGAAUGUUCUACCGGAAGAUGGAACAGCAGCAUUCUUCCUACCGUAUCUCCUUUAUAGCAGCAGAAAAAAAUCUAUAACUUGAAUACAAUAGCAAGGUAUUAUAUAUGGGAAAAAUAUCAUUCCAAUAUGGAGAACCCAACAGGAAAUCACACAACUAAAUGAAAAGGUCUCAAGUUAGAGAUAUUGCAAAGAAAGGACUGUAUGGACACACUUUUUCGUACCAUGUCUAUGUAUUACAGGUACUCGCAGGUUUAGAGUGGAGAUACUGGUCUGAGUUUUUAGUGAUUUGAACCAGUUAAGUUUAUAGUAUAUAACAGCUUUAAAAAAUGAGAAUGCUGUAAAGGAGCCAUAUUUAAAGUAAAGCCACAGGGCUGAUUUUUAUGUACAAAACUGUUUCUGUCUAUCACUCACAUAGCUGGAAGCACGACAAUCUUUUUAGCCCCAGGAAUGCAUAAAGGAAACUUUUUUUUUUUUAACAGCAAUAUUGAAAAUUCCAGGUUUUCCAGAACUUCAUUGUUUUCCAUCAUUUGCUGAGACAGAUUGCAGGAAAGGAAACUCCAUGUAGUUCUUAGAUUUCCGGACCAUUAUUUUUCUAAUUCUCUUAUAAGUUGUGAAGAAGGUCACGUAAGGUUUCCAAGCUUUUUUUUUUUUUUUUUUUUUUUUAAGAAAUGAAUGAUAUUGUUACUUUUUAGCUGAGUGUCAGUAAAAGAGUUUACAGAGCUUCUAGCCAUCUGAUCUGGUUCUGAUCUGGCUGGUCAUGCACAGUUUGUUGAAUAUAUGUUUUCAGUAAAGGCUUAAUUUUUAGUUUUCACUGAAAUAUUCUAUCGCUUUGCCAGAUAGAUUUGAUGUAAAAUAAAUAUAUAAAUAAAUGCUGUAUUAACAGGUGAGUCUUCUUUCCUAGUGUCUUUUUACACUCAAAGUCACAUAUCUUGACCUGUUUUUGAGAUAACCAUAAUUUGAAAUUUUCCUACUCAUGGCUGCUUCACCUCUUUCUUCAUGGCUGCUCCAGGGAGGCUCCUUUUCCUCACUCAUAAUGCAGUCCAGGUCUCUUGAGUCUAGUCCUGGCUUCAUCACUCAAUAACUAUGUGCCCUUAAGUCAGGCAAAUUCAGGACACAUGACCUCUGCCUGCCUCAGUUUCCUCAAAUAUAAAAUGUGGAUAGUAAUGACACCUACCUCCCAAGGCUGUAGUGAGGAUCAAAUGAGAUAUUCAUAAGCACUCAGCAUAGUGUCUGCCACAUACUGAAUGUUUAAUAAACCCCUUCCCAUCUUCUUUUCUUCUUUGGGCAUCCCAAAAUGAGAUUUAAACAUGCAAAAUACUAUCUGGCCUUGUCUAUCCCACCCACACCAAGGUGCCCAGUCUUAUCUUUAGGUCUAACAAACUGGGAUUAGUAAAAAGUAGAUUAUAGAGACCUAGCAGAAUGUCUGUAGAAUAGCAGGGCCAAGAAUGUAAGCUGAGUAAGGACUGCCACCUUUUUUCAUGAAAAUCCCUAAAACAUUUCAACUAAUUUAGACUAUAAUUUGUUUGACCUUCCAAAACAACACAUUAUUUCCUAUGUAGUAAUUAUAGCCCAUUUUCUUCCCUUAUUACCUACAAAUUUCCAGUAAUUCUAACAUUAGA